AUGGACCUGACCCCAAUUCCUCUUCCAGGAGCAGCCCCCUCUCCAACCUUCAGCACCUUCCACCCACAGGGCACGAGGCGGGGAGCUAGCGGGGAGACCCAACCAAGCUACCACCUGCCUGGCCACACAGAGUCUCCCCCGGGACCCCUCAGGGCCCCAGUCGAGGGGGAUGACCGUUCUGAGGGCCCGGGCCUCCGGGCCGAGACCCUCGCCUGGUUCGAGAGGACCCAGGCGUCAGAGCUCCUGCCUCACGGGGUGGCUCCAGCCUGGUUCCACGGCUUCGUGUCCCGCAGGGAAGCAGAGCAGCGGCUGCAGGAGGGGCCCCACGGCGUCUUCCUGGUGCGAUUCAGCGAGAGCGGCGUCGGCUUCGUGCUGUCCUACAGGGGUCAGGACCGCUGUCGCCACUUCCUCCUGGCCCAGGGCCGGGAUGGGCAGCACGUGGUGCUGGGGGAGGAAAGGGCCUUCCCUGGGCUGCAGGCCCUGCUGGACCACUACGGCCGGGAGCCUCUCAGCCCCUACGGGGAGCGGCUUGGACCGCCCUGCCUCCGACAGCAAGGGUCCCUCCCAGCCGGCCUCUUCCCCCGACCCUCGGAGACUUCAGGGCUCCAGACCCAAGGCCCACCCGAAGUGACGACCCUUGGAGCGCCUCAAUACGCCCCAGUCUGCAAGAGGGGCCGGAACCCUUCCCGGGACCCCCCCCUCCCAUCGCUUCCCAUGCUGGGCACUGGACAGGAUGACCCAAGAGAACAGAAGACCCAAGCGCCACCACUAGAUGAACUGUACAGCCCGGUGCAGAGGCGGGGGCCGGGCAGCCUGACGCCCCCCGCCUCCUCCCUCCCCAUCUAUCACGAGCCCGAUGACCCCAUCGCCUUCUACGCCAUGGGCUGGGAAGGGGGCGGGAUGGGGCGGUGGGCCCCCCAGUCCGAGAACGUCUACUCCGAGGUAAAGCUGAAGCCCGAAGGGAUCCAGCGGGAGCCCGACAGACCUCUCCCAGCUCACAGCCAUGGCCGCCUCCGGCCCAGUCCUUCACAGCCACUGCCCAGGGCCCAGGAGCUGGACGUCAUCGAGUACGGCCAACCCAUACCUCCGAGCCGCCGUGGCCCCCAGGAGCCCCAAAGUCAGACCCUGCCCCAGAAUCGACCCCGCUGGAGGUCUGGGGGGGAUCCUGCUCCAGGCCGAGGACCACCCAGGCCUUUGCAGCACUGAGCUCCGCCCCGUACCUUCCAAGGUCCGGGCGAGGGAAAACGGAGGGACACGGACGAGAGUGAGGUUAGACCUCAGAAAGGAGGACCCCAUGGUUAGGGAGAGC